UGGUCACGUGACGCCCGGCCCGGAAGCGCUCGCUCCCGAGACCCCCUGGUGACGGGGUCGGGAGCUGCUACCUGGAGCGAGCGCGGAGGUCCCGGGGGUCCCUGCAGUUUCUCGCUCCCUGCAUUCGCCGCCAUGGCCUGGACCAAAUACCAGCUGUUCCUGGCCGGGCUCAUGCUCGUCACCGGCUCCAUCAACACGCUCUCGGCCAAGUGGGCAGACAACUUUGUGGCCCCGGGCUGCGGAGGGAGCAAGGAACACAGCUUCCAGCAUCCCUUCCUUCAGGCAGUGGGCAUGUUCCUGGGAGAGUUCUCCUGCCUGGCUGCCUUCUACUUGCUCCGGUGCAGAGCUGCGAGGCACCCAGAGGGCAGCAUGGAUCCCCAGCAGCCCUUCAAUCCCCUUCUUUUCCUGCCCCCAGCCCUCUGCGACAUGACGGGUACCAGCAUCAUGUAUGUGGCCUUGAACAUGACCAGUGCGUCCAGCUUCCAGAUGCUGCGGGGAGCAGUGAUUAUAUUCACAGGCCUGUUCUCGGUGGCCUUCCUGGGGCGGAGGCUGGCGCUGAGCCAGUGGCUGGGCAUCCUUGCCACCAUCGCGGGGCUGGUGGUCGUCGGCCUGGCUGACCUUCUGAGCAAGCAUGAUGAUCAGCAUAAGCUCAGCGAAGUGAUCACAGGGGACCUGUUGAUCAUCAUGGCCCAGAUCAUCGUCUCCAUCCAGAUGGUGCUAGAGGAGAAGUUCGUCUACAGGCACAAUGUGCACCCACUGCGGGCAGUUGGCACUGAGGGCCUCUUCGGCUUCGUGAUCCUCUCCCUGCUGCUGGUGCCCAUGUACUACAUCCCCGCCGGCUCCUUCAGCGGAAACCCGCGAGGGACGCUGGAGGACACGCUGGACGCCUUCUGCCAGGUGGGCCGACAACCGCUCAUCGCCCUGGCGCUGCUGGGCAACAUCAGCAGCAUCGCCUUCUUCAACUUCGCGGGCAUCAGCGUCACCAAAGAACUGAGCGCCACCACCCGCAUGGUGCUGGACAGCCUGCGCACCAUCGUCAUCUGGGCCCUGAGCCUGGCGCUGGGCUGGGAGGCCUUCCACCCGCUGCAGAUCCUGGGCUUCCUCAUCCUCUUGAUGGGCACCGCCCUCUACAACGGGCUGCACCGGCCGCUGCUGGCCCGCCUGUCCAGGGGCCGGCCCCCCGCAGAGGAGGGCGAGCACGAGAGACUGCUCGGCGGCUCUCGGACUCCCAUCAACGAUGCCAGCUGAGCCUCUUGUGGGUUCUCUGCUGCUACCUGGAUGCGCCUUGUCCACCCUGAGGCUGAGGCCACACGGGCUGGGGAGCCUCCAGCGCCCCUUCCCUAAGGCCUCACCCUGCCCCUCCCCACAGACCCCCGGGGCAGCUGCUGCCACAGAAGACCACCAGACACCCAGGUCCUCCUCUGUCACCACCCCCUGCAUCCCCCACGGGCCUGGGUGCAGUGACCCACUCCUGGCAGGCUCCCCCCAGCACCACCACCCCCCCUGCAGCCCUAGCACUAAAUCAUGAAGUGGGAUCGCAGGAGCUAACAACCCUAAGAUUUCCUCCUGAACCAUAAGCUAAACGUGGUUCUCCAAAGAAGAGAGGUCAGUGAGCAAAUUCAAACCAGAACUAAGCACCAUAUUUUCUAAAACGUGUAGGGUAUUCCCUAACCCUGUCUGGAGACCGAAGUUUUAGCUGGGCUGUCCCAUAAACUCAGCGAAAGUUCCCUCAGCCCAUCACCUAGUUGCUCUGGGCCUCGGCGUCCUCCUGUAGAAAGCAGCGGGUGUAGACGCUGUGGCUUCGGUGCUUUCCAGACUCAGCUGGGCCCAUUCUGUGGGAAAGGAGUAAUAGCCGCCCCUUCUUGGGAAUUGUCCCUCUGCCCCUGGCGCCUCCUCCCCAUGCCAGUCCCGCUGUCCUUGCUCACACACUCAAGGCCUCCCUGCCUGGCAGAGAUCAUGAGGGGAGUUCCAGGCAGCCCUCAAUAGCAGCUUUUAUGAUCUCUUCACCUUCCCUUUUAAAGAUGAGAAAACUGAGGCCCAGAGAUGUGAGUUGUUUGGCAAAGGGCUCUCUGGCUGUGGACUCUAGCCGUGCAGCCACGUGAUCCGAUCUGGCAGCAGGCUGGGAUCCGGAGCACACGGACCUCAGCCCCACCCUCAGCAACCUGACUCCACCGAUUACCCUCCAGGGCGAUGAAUUUCCCGGGACUCCACCAUUUAAAGUAACUCUGGUAUCCUAGGCGUGUGUUAAAGGCUUAACUUUUGCAUAACAGCCUGACAGGUGGAUGCAGAUGAGGAAGCCGCUGGCCCAGAGAGGGUUAAGUGACUUCCUCACGGAGCCAGCUUUCCAAGCUAGGUUUGCCUGAUUCCAAACCUACAGCCCCACCCACCUUACUGGUUUCUCUGGGCAGUUUUCCCAUGGCUGGGUUAGAAGCUUCAUGUGCUGUUGUCCUCCCUGUAACCCCACCACAAAGGGAGGGGACUGGCACUGGGGACCCCAGGGAGCUGAGCAGCCCUUCAUUGCUGAGUUCCUCGCUCCGUGGCAGUUUCUGGAGCCUCAGACCAUUUUUCUGGGCAGCUCCAUCAUAAAAGAAAACACCAAAUGCCUUCCUUAAAAUAGAUUCUGGGGGAAGAGAUAUUUGACAAGCAAAGCCUUCAGGCAGUGUGGGAAUCGGCAGGUUAUUACGGUUUCUUGGGUGAGGAGGGACUCUCCCUAUCAGCAGCUCCAAGUCCCAGGGGCCCCCGAGCUUCUGCAGGGAACAGUGUGUAAUCAGAGAGUGAGUGUGCUGGGACUCCAGCUGCCCUGUCCAAAAAGCUGGGGCCUUAGAAUGUUUUAGGCUUUAUUUUUAAAAACAAAAGGGAAAUGAGCAGUGUAAGCUCUUUUUUUAUCUUUUUUUUUUUUUUUUUUUUAAUGAGAGGGAAGGAGUGCAAGGGUUAAACAUCAGGCCUGCCACUGACCAGGGUGAAUCACUUUACCUCUGGAGCUUGGGUCUUCACAUCUCCCAAAUAGGAAAACCAGCCUCCAUCUUGCAGAAUGAGCAUGAAAAUUACAUAAGAUAAUAAAUUGAAGGUGCCUGAAAGUGUCAACACACAGUGGAGCGUCCUGUAAGGCUGCGCUGCCCACCAGGGUGGCCCGCCAGGGGCACGGAAGUCCCAGCAGAGGCCCAGCACAGAGCAUCGGUCUUGCUCAGAGGGGAAGAAAGGUUUUAUUAAAAUUCACCAUCAUGGAGGCCAGUGUAAAAUCUCCAUCUAUUUUAAGACAGCAAGAUGCCUCGAGAACAUUUUACGGUGACAGUAGGUUCACUCUCUCCUGUUGUCAAGGAUGCUUUGGAGGGGGAGUUCCCGAGGCUUUGCUGGUCAUGUGGGUGGGAGGGUAAGGACCACUACUCUCACUGAAGCUGGAGGGUUGUGGGGAGUAUUUUCAGUGGAGUAAGGGGGUCCUGAAUGGUGGAAGUUUGGUGUGAAGGUUCUGAACCCCCAAAUCAGAAUUGACUGAUAACAGACUUCUGUAAACAUCGGUUCAAACUGACGUUCAAUUUAAGCGUCUGCAUUGUGGUGGACUGCUCAGUCCAUCCCCCUCGCAGUGUGGUCCUGGGAGAGCUGGGGGGGGCAGGGGCUUCUUGCAGGACUGCCAUCCGGGACCUGGAGUAGCUCUCAGGCUCCUCUCCUCCAGGAAGCUGCCCACAAGGCAGAGAUUUAGGACCAAGCCAAGUGGUUCUGUUUUGUCUUCAGUUUGUCCAAAGGUCUCUGCUACUUUAACAAGCAAACAGCAUUCAAAGAGGUCAGAAGCUCUGACCCCUGCUGAGGACAGGAGGAGGAGUGGAGCGAAGGGCCACCUCGUAUAGAGGAAAGAAGCAGAAUCCAAAGUCAGAGAGCUGUGUCUCAGCCCCACCUCUACCUUGGCUGGGUGACCUUGGACACCCUCUCAAGACCUUAGCUACCUAUAAAAAGGAGAGGUUCUCGGCAUUGCCAAAUAUGUACACCUGCCUGACCUGCUUUACAGAUUGACCUCGCUUCAUAGUUGCCUUGGUUCAGAACCCUUCUGGCCUUACGUUAACUACAUCCUUUCAAAACGUAAAAGUCAGCAAGGAGUUUCCCCUAGCUAUAAAAGUUCAUAAAUCACCCUUCUUCAUUAGGAACACUUGUCCAAGAGUCUUUAGUAAAAGGAUUACUAUCCCAGAAUUUACUGAACUGUGCUGAGAACUGAUGUGCCCCAAGGACUGUGGGCCCAUGAAAGAAAACAGAAGAUGAAUGUGGAAGGAAAGAAUUCCAGCACAGCAUGACGUGCAUAAGAGGCCUUUGAGAUACAGGGGAGGCAGUACCACUCUGUAUCAGAAUGGUGUUGCAGAAUGAGCCGGGAGUCUCCCAGGCCGGUGGGGUUGGAGGGAGCGGGUAUUCCUGGAGAAAGGAGAAGCUUGUAAAAAGCAUAGAAACAUGCAAGUGAUGUAUUCAAGAACUGUAGGUAAGGAGACCAGUAUGCCUGGCAAUAAGCACGCAACACUAAAAGUGGCCAGGGUCAAGGUCAGAGAGGUGGGCAGGCGCCCAGAUGGUGCUGUACAUUUUAGACUUUGCUGAGGGAUCAGAACUCAAUCUGUAGACCGUAGAGUACCAUGGGGAGUUUAGGCAAGGCAGUGACGUGAUCCAAAUUGCUGUUUGGAAAGAUCACUAAAGGUAGAGACAAGUAAAACAACAUUUGAUUAUAAUUAGAGUCUGAACUAGAGAAACGGUGGAGAGGAUGAAUACAAGAGCCAAUCAAAGAGUAGGCUCACAUUAUAGAGCCCUUGGCUCUCGGAUCUUCUGUCGCAUAAGGCACCACCAAAGAGUGGGUCUUCUAGACCAGGCUGUUCACCCCAUUCCCCCCACCACCAGUGGACCCACUGAGUAUCCCCAGGUACAGCUCCUUCCCUUUUCUUUCCUUCCUUACUUUGCUCCUUUUCCUCCCCCGCCCCCCCCUUUUUUUUAAUUAAGUAGGCUCCAUGCCCAAUGCGGGGCCUGAACUCACAAUCCUAAGAUCAAGAGUCGCACGCUCUCCUGACUGAACCAAUCAGGUGCCCCCUUUUGUCCCUCCUUUUAAAAAUUGUGGUAAAAUACACACAACCUAAAACUGACCAUUUUGAGCGUUAUUAAGUGUUCAAUGGCACUGAGUCCGUGCACAUUGUUGUGCAGUAUCACACCAUCUCCAGACUUCCUCAUCUUCCCAAACUGAAACUCCAUACCCAUCAAACACUAACUCCCCAUUCCUCCUUUCCCCUGGCCCCUGGCAACCACCAUCCUACUUUCUAUGAAUUUCGUGAAAGUGGACUCAUGUAAGUGGAAUUAUACAGUAUUUCUCCUUUUGUGUCUGUUUUACUUUGCUUAACAUAAUGCCUUCAAGGUUCAUUCGUGCUGUAACGUGUCAUUUCCUUUUUAAGGCUGUAUAAUAUCCCAUUGUAUGUAAGUACCACAUUUCGCUUAUCUAUUCAUCUAUUUGGACAUUGGGGGCUGUUGUGGGUAACAUUGCUGUGAGCAUUAGUGUACCAAUACCUGUUCAAGUCCCUGCUUUUGAGUGUAUACCCCGAAGUGGAAUUGCUGGAUCAUAUGGUAAUUGCACAUUUAGUUUUUUUGGCCAGUCAACAUACUGUUUUCCACUAUGGCUGCAGCAUUUUACAUUCCCACCAGUGAACAAGGGUUCCAUGAAAUCACUGAUUUUAUAAUGACAUUUUCCCCUGAUUACGUGUUAACUGUAGAACGUUGAGGAAAUGCAAGAAAACGUGUGGAAAAUAAAAAUUCCCUUUAUUCUAACUA